UUUGGUUGUGAUCUUGGGUUCACCGUGCGGUCAUCUACCUAUCUGGGUCAUGAAGAGGUGCAGCAUGCAGCGGUUUAGCUGAAAAAACUACAAGUUUUCUGUUUCUGUAUCACGAAACCCCUUCUGGCGACUGCAAGGUCCGCUGUUUGCCUGUAGUGUGCAUGUGUAGAGCCUAGUACAAGAACUGACACAGAAGUGCUCACGCCUGGAUGGUCCGAAGGACAUGUUCGUAUGGGCCGGAAUAUCCUGCUCCCGGCUAUUGACUUCUGCUUCGUAUAAGACACUUUUUACCAGGAAAGCACACUUCAUUUCAUUUCUAGACCAAGGAGUCUCUCUACCUUUGUGUAAAGGUACCAGAAGAACAUUUAUACCAGUGCAGCUCUACCAAAAGACUAUGUCCAUGUACCAAGGAGGUGGGUCGAACAGUCCGGAUGAUGGCACUGUCCGUGUUAUUGAUAUGCGGAGCGACACCAUCACCAAACCUACUCCAGCAAUGCGCCGGGCAAUGGCGGAGGCUGAGGUCGGAGAUGAUGUCUAUGGGGAGGACCCCACUGUCAAUGCCCUACAAGAAAAGGCAGCAAAGCUGUUUGGAAUGGAGGCAGCCCUGUUCGUUCCCACUGGAACUAUGGGAAACUUCUGCUCGAUCAUGGCCCACUGCUGGGAGCGUGGCUCAGAGAUGCUGCUAGGAGACUGUGCUCACAUCUUUAUAUACGAGCAGGGUGGAUCUGCCCAGUUAGGAGGCAUCCACCCCAGGACUGUCAGGAACAAACCAGAUGGUACAUUUGACCUUGACGAGGUGGAGUCCAAGGUCAGGACGAGCGACCCCCACCUGCCAAUCACCCGGCUCAUCUGUGUGGAGAACACUCAGAACAUCUGCGGGGGAAGGGUGCUACCACUCAGCUUUCUGAAGGAGCUGCGUGAGCUUGCAAACAGACACAAGCUCCCUGUCCAUAUGGAUGGGGCUCGGCUGAUGAAUGCAGCAGUGUCUCUGAAUGUGCCACCUAGUGACAUCCUGCAGUACUGCGACUCUGUCAGCGUGUGCCUGUCUAAGGGCCUGGGUGCUCCUGUUGGGUCUGUCAUUGGUGGCAAAAAAGACUUCAUAGCAAGGUGUGUGCGGCUGCGUAAGGUGCUUGGUGGUGGAAUGCGUCAGUCGGGUAUACUAGCUGCAGCUGGUCUCCUGGCCAUCACGGAGGGUGCAGCCAGGCUUCACGAGGACCACGAAAAUGCCAGGACCAUUGCAGAGGGAAUCCACAGUCUGGAUCCGUCAGUGUUACAGAUCGACCUGGACACCGUGCAAAGUAACAUCAUCGUGUUCCAACUCGUAUCACACGCCGUGACCCCCGGACAGUUCUGCAAGAUGCUCAACACCUACGACCCGAACGACAGCCUAGAUAUCGAUGUCCGUGUUUCUAUGUUGGCUACAGAUUUCAAACGUGAUAUUCGCUGCGUCACCCAUCAUCACAUCUCUGCAGAUGAUGCCCAGCUUGUGCUGAAAAAAUUCAGAGCUGUUGUCGGCAGAGUGGCUGGUAUGAAAGGCUAGAGUGCUGUUGAAAAUGAUAGAUAGAAAACUGGCCACUGUCCCAGAAUGUAGUGUUCAUUUGUGGGACUCUGAGCAAUCAGCCUGCAGCUGGCUUGUGAAUUGUACAUGUUUGUUUUAUUAAUAAUCAGCGGCCAAGUCAAUGUACUGUCAACAAUAAUGAGACACCAGUCAGAUGCAUUUAAUUAUCAAUAUCAAUAAUAGACAGUACAUCAUCCUUAUAUAUGCAAGCACAAAGCUGUAUAAUAUGUUCUGUCUAAGUGCCAGUCACAUAAGCCAUUUAAUUCUACCUCAUGUGCUCUCAUGGAAGGGUGGCAAAUGUUUUUACACAUUCAAAUUUUUAAGUGUCCUUGGUCAGUCAGCAAGCUUUAUUAUAUAUAUACUAGAGCAAUCGAAAAUGAUAUGGAGUCUUCCAGAAAUCUUACAAGGUAACAAAUUCAUAGAUCUGCUGCUUCUAAGAAGGGCUACAAUUUUUUAUGUGCAAGUACUUACAUGAAAUGUAGGUGUAAGUACUGUAGGGUUAUGCUGUCAUGUUGACAAGUUGGGAGUCUGAUAACUGAAUGAUAGCAGUUUGCCACCCAUAGCUAGCAGGGAGAGCGCAGCUGUCAUGAACUUGAACACUUGAUUUGAAGUGAUGUUUUUAUCUUUUGUUUAAGGACACUAAAUUUUUGUAAUUUCUGGCACAUUUUGCGCUGAAAUGUGUGUUUUCUCAGGUGGGAAUGACAAUAAAACAUGGUGUAUUCCGAAUCACCCUCAGCCCAA